CAGACUGCCAUUCAUAAUCACCCGCUCGAGAAUGUCAGUCCCAGAUACCUUCGGUUUGCAGUUAGCAAAGUAUACUAACGUCGCUGCAUCAGCAAUCCUAAUUUAUGACUACUUUGUCACGUUACACUCUGAAGUCCAAUGGACCUGGGGACGGAAGUGGGGAAUUAUUCGCACUGCCUUCACGGUUUCACGAUAUGUACCUUUUGCUGGUGCACUUAUGACCUCUUACUCCGCUGUCAAGACAUGGGGCACGCAAGAUUGUGCACCCUUCAACGAUGCUGUAAAUGGCAUACAUUUCUUGGGUAUCAUUGCCUCGGAAGUAUUAUUGAUUGUCAGGAUCUACGUCUUCUCUGGCAGCAAAAAGGCUUAUCUUAUCAUUCUUCUCUCCUUUGGUUUGGUCAUCUUGGCGGCGUGUGUGAUUCUAAGUGCUGCUCCCAUCAAUUUGGACAUCCCAGGAGUCGCCCUGCCUUGCGUGUUUGAGGGAGCUCACAGUAGUGCUCUCGUAUAUGGACUCUUAUCGUUCUUCGAGAUUGUUCUCAUGUCCAUCAUGGCAUUUCUGAGAUAUCAACACUAUCUUGGUUCUCAUAGCACACUAAUGAAGAGUAUCUAUCGCGAUGGACUCCUCUACAUGUUUUGCAUCACGAUGAUAUCUACAGUCAACGUGAUUGUUAUUGUUGUGCUACCUCUCUCAUACAGCGAGACGCUAAACGUACCUCAGAUUGUUGCGCAUAGCGUUCUUGCCUCUCGAAUACUAUUCAAUCUUCAAGCGAGCGGCGACCAAUCGGCCUUCCCCGCCUACCGGUUGACGACUUCGACGGUAAUUCGAUCGCUUCCACAAGCGUGGUAUGAAGGCACUGGCAGGGAGACAGUUACUGGUGCCGUCCAGCCAGAUCAAGCUUAGCCCUGCCGAUAGUUCUCUUCUCAUUGUCGCAUCUUCCGCACUACAGUGGUGAGCUACUCCAUUGCCCACGCGUAUGCUUUCUCAGUGCUUUGCAGUUGCGUAUCAAUGACUUAUAGACGGACAA